CUUUUCCCUGACAUGAGAAGAGAGUGAGAGGGCGGACCUGCUCCAUCUCCCCUGCAGUCAUACACUAGAAUGGCUCUGUCCCCGAGGAGGUACUGGAGAUCAGCCUGCGCUCUCCGUGGUGCUGAAACCACCGCUGCUGCUGCUACUGCUGGUGCUGCUGUCACCGCUCUGGCUGGAGGCUUCCACAAACCUGCCAUUCAGAUGCCACUGCUGCCUCCACAAUGCUUGCUGCUGGUGCUAGGCUUGGGAUUGGGACCGGGUUUGGUUCGUGGAUCCAGCGGAACAACGAUCGAGCAGCCUACUAACAGCACGUCCUUGUCUAUCAUGGGUUUGAUGCCUCUCAGCGAAACGGUGGCAAAGGGAAGUAUCGGCAGGGGGAUCCUGCCUGCCGUGCUUUUGGCUAUUGAUCAGAUCCGCAAUGAAUCCCUGCUGCAUCCCUACGUCCUGGACCUGAAGCUCUAUGACACAGCGUGUGACAACGCAAGAGGAUUAAAGUCAUUUUAUGAUGCUAUCAAGUAUGGACCUAAUCAUUUGAUGGUUUUUGGUGGAGUAUGCCCUUCAGUAACCUCUAUAAUUGCCGAAUCUCUAAAAGGAUGGAACUUGGUUCAGUUAUCAUUUGCAGCCACAACUCCAGUGUUGGCAGACAAGAAAAAAUAUCCCUACUUUUUCCGGACCGUUCCUUCAGACAAUGCAGUCAAUCCAGCAAUAGUGAAGUUCCUUAAACAUUUCAAAUGGCAAAGGGUGGGAACAUUAACGCAAGACAUUCAACGGUUUUCAGAGGUGAGAAAUGACUUAACCGGUGAACUGGAAGCUGCAUAUAUCCAAAUUGCAGACACUGAAAGCUUCUCCAAUGAUCCAUGCAUCAGUGUAAAAAAGCUUAAGGGCAAUGAUGUGCGGAUAAUAAUUGGGCAGUUUGAUGAACAUAUGGCAGCUAAAGUCUUCUGUUGUGCUUACAAUGAAGAGAUGUAUGGCAGCAAAUAUCAAUGGAUCAUUCCUGGAUGGUAUCAAGCACUAUGGUGGCAACAAGCCAAUUCUUCCACCUGUUCAAAUAAAAACCUGCUCACUGCAAUGGAAGGAUACAUUGCAGUGGAUUUCGAACCUCUUAGCACAAAGCAAAUCAAGACAAUAUCAGGACGGACCCCUCAACAGUAUGAAAAAGAAUACAAUGAAAAGCGAUCAGAUGUGGAACCCAGUAAAUUUCACGGUUAUGCCUAUGACGGAAUAUGGGUAAUUGCGAAAACUCUUCACCGAGCAAUGGAAUACCUUAAUGCUACCAACAAGCAUCUGAGCAUUCAAGAUUUCAACUAUACAAACCACAAGCUUGGGAAAAUCUUCCUCGAUGCAAUGAAUGAAACAAAUUUCUUUGGUGUAACUGGGCAAGUUGUGUUCAGAAAUGGAGAAAGAAUGGGAACCAUCAAAUUUACCCAGUUUCAAGAUGGAAAGGAAGUGAAGGUGGGCGAAUACAAUGCCGUAGCUGACAGUCUGGAACUGAUCAAUGACACCAUCAAGUUUCAAGGAGUGGAACCUCCAAAAGAUCAAACGUUCAUCCGAAUGCAGCGACGCCAGAUCCAUCUGCCACUGUACAGCAUACUUUCGGCCCUGACGAUUAUCGGAAUGAUCAUGGCCAGCACAUUUUUAUUUUUUAACAUCAAAAAUAGGAACCAGAAGUUAAUAAAGAUGUCUAGUCCUUAUAUGAAUAACCUUAUUAUCCUUGGAGGAAUGCUUUCCUAUGCAUCUAUAUUUCUAUUUGGCCUUGAUGGAUCAUUUGUAUCAGCAAAAACAUUUGAGACGUUAUGCACUGUCAGAACAUGGAUUCUUACAGUGGGCUACACAACAGCUUUUGGGGCAAUGUUUGCAAAAACAUGGAGAGUUCAUGCCAUUUUCAAGAAUGUAAAAAUGAAGAAAAAGAUUAUCAAAGAUCAGAAGCUGCUGGUGAUAGUCGGUGGGAUGCUGUUAAUUGACUUGUGUAUUUUGAUUUGUUGGCAAAUAGUGGAUCCUUUGAAAAGAACAGUUGAAGAGUAUAACCUUGAGCCGGAUCCUGCAGGGAGAGAUAUUGCAAUUCUUCCAUUUUUGGAGCACUGUGAGAAUACUCACAUGACAAUCUGGCUUGGAAUUGUCUAUGCCUACAAAGGCCUUCUUAUGUUAUUUGGUUGCUUCUUGGCAUGGGAAACGCGAAAUGUCAGCAUACCAGCACUGAAUGACAGCAAGUACAUUGGAAUGAGUGUAUACAACGUAGGCAUAAUGUGCAUUAUAGGAGCCGCUGUCUCUUUCCUCACCAAAGACCAGCCAAACGUCCAGUUCUGUAUUGUGGCUCUAGUCAUCAUAUUCUGCAGUACGAUUACGCUCUGUCUAGUUUUUGUGCCAAAGUUACUUACCUUACGGGCAAAUCCUGAUGUAGCCACCCAGAACAGGAGGUUUCAGUUCACGCACAUUCAAAAAAAAGAAGAUUCAAAGACAUCAACAUCAGUCACCAGCGUAAAUCAAGCCAGUACUUCCCGACUAGAAGGACUGCAAUCAGAAAAUCAUCGUUUACGGAUGAAAAUCACAGAGCUGGACAAAGACCUUGAGGAAGUUACAAUGCAACUUCAAGAUACACCUGAGAAAACAACUUAUAUUAAGCAGAACCACUACCAGGAUCUGAAUGAUAUUCUCAGUAUAAGAAACUUUACAGACAGCAAAGAUGGUGAAAAAGUUGUUUUAAAAAAUCAUCUUGAUCAAAAUAACCCUUCACAGUGGAACACUAUAGAAUCAUCCAGAACUAAUAAAGAUUCCAUAGAAGAUAUUAACUCACCAGAACAUAUACAGCGACGGCUAUCAUUACAACUACCCAUCCUCCACCAUGCCUACUUGCCAUCAAUAGGUGGUGUGGAUGCAAGCUGUGCCAGUCCGUGUGUAAGCCCUAGUGCCAGCCCUCGGCACAGACAUGUGCCGCCUUCCUUCCAAGUUAUGGUCUCUGGCCUGUAGGAAUGGAUGAAACAGGCUUCCUAGACUACUCCUGUAAUUUCUCCAGAGAGACUCAACUGCACAUUCUGAUAUAGAACCUUUGCUACACAUAUAACAUUUGCUCUUAAUACUCGGAGACAGAGGAAUUAUAUGGAUCUAAUCCUGGGAGGCCAAUUUCAACCAGCGUGGGCUAGAAGAGAAAGCGUUAGAGAGAUGCACAGAGUCAUACCUGGAGCCUUAUUUGUGGAGUUUUUGUUUCUUUACUCAGAGGACUCAGAUAAAAGAAAUUCUUCCCAAAACUCUAUGAUCAAAAUAACAAGAGUACAGAGUUCUCAAUCUUGCACAAAGGAG